CCGCCUCCCGCCGCCGCCACGAUUGGCUCGGCCCGCCCCUCGCCCCGGCGUCCAGGCCGCCUCCCUCCCCGGCUAAAGCGGGCAGUAGGUGAGGGGAAGGCGGCCAGACGGGAGCAUGGUCGCGGCUUCGCAGCAACAGCAGCAGCAGCAACACCAGCAGCAGCCGCCUCCGCCGCGCCGCGCCUCUCUGCCCGGCCUCCAGCGCGGCUCCCGCCGCCCGCAGCCGCGCGGGGCUCUGCGUUAGCGGCGCGGAGGCUGCGAUGCGCAAACCUCCGCCCGCCGCCUCCGCGCAUCCCCCCGCCGCCUGAGGCCCCGCGCUGCCGGCCCAGGGCCGCCCGCGCCCCGCGGAGGGAGGUAAUCUGGCUUCCCAGAAACCUCCUGCUAAAUGCAAGGAUUUGCUGUCCUGUUUACUGACUGUUACACCUGAGGCUGAUUUUGAUACAGAUUCUGGAUAUCAUAGGGCAAGGUCUCGAGUUCCCUGUGAGCAAAAGUUGCCCUACAUCGAGAUGUCACGGCACCACAGCCGGUUUGAAAGAGAUUAUCGGGCCGGGUGGGAUCGUCGGGACUGGAGCUCCAACGGCAACCACGUCAGCAGCACCAACUGCAACAGUGCUGCCAGCACCAACAGCAACAACCGCCCUGGGCUUCUGCCCCUGCCCAUUGUCCCCUCCCGGCUCCCCACUCCAGCCACAGCCACUUGCACCACCGUCAGCAGUGAUGUGAUCACGAGCCUGGUGGCCAACUCGUCUCCAGCUUCAACUACCAAAACACCUUGCAUUUCCAAGACUGAAAAUCAGCCUCAAGGACUUGCAACUAGCGUUAGGUGGGGACAGACACCCAUCAAUCAGUCUACACCUUGGGACACUGAUGAGCCACCAUCUAAACAGAUGAGGGAGAAUGAAAACCCAGGUGCAGCGCCCUGGGUCACCACGGUGGCGGCCGGCAGCCAGCCCGCCCUCAUCACGCACUCCUACGGGAUGACGCAGCCACCCACCUUCAGCCCGGCCGCAAACGUCCAGGCCCCCGUCAUCGGCGUCACACCUUCCCUCCCUCCACACGUUACUCCCCAGCUCCCACUGAUGCCGGCCCACUACCAGCUCCAGCCGCAGCCCUCCCAGCCCCUCAGCAACAUGGUGGUCAACCUCCAGAGCCAGCCCUUGUACACCAACAGCCAGCCCCUCAGCAUGUCCUCCAUGAGCGGCGUGGGCCCGGUAGCCCACCCGAGCCCUGGGGUGGUGGGUAAUGGCCACCUGGCCUGCCCCAUGCUGCCACCGCCGCCUCCAGCCCUGCCCUCAGCCGCUUUGCCCAGUAACGCACCCGCCACCAACGGGCAGGUGGCCGCCCCGCUGCCUCCCAACGCGGCGGCGGGGCCGGACAACACGAACGGGGUGCAGAUGCUGCGGACGAUCGGCGUGGGGAAGUACGAGUUCACGGACCCCUGGCACCCCAAAGAAAUGUUGAAGGAGUUGAACCAGCAACGCAGAGCGAAAGAGUUUACAGACCUGAAAAUUAUUGUUGAAGGCAAAGAGUUUGAAGUCCACCAAAAUGUUCUAGCUUCCUGCAGCUUGUAUUUCAAGGACCUGAUUAAAAGGUCACCAAGAGACAGUAGCAGAAGCGGGGAGAAGCUGGAAUUGGCCAUGUCCAACCUCACUGCGGAUGUCCUGGAAUUACUCCUGGAGUUUGUUUAUACAGGUUCUUUGAUCAUAGAUUCAGCCAAUGCAAAAACUCUCCUGGAAGCUGCCAGCAAGUUCCAGUUCCACACUUUCUGUAAAGUCUGCGUUUCGUUUCUAGAGAAACAGCUGACUGCUAGCAACUGUUUAGGAAUAUUAGCCAUGGCUGAAGCCAUGCAGUGCACUGAGCUAUACAACAUGGCCAAAGCAUACGCCCUGCAGAUUUUCCCAGAGGUGGCAAACCAAGAAGAGAUCCUUAAUAUCUCAAAAGACGACUUCAUUUCCUACAUGUCCAAUGACAGCCUGAACACCAAAGCAGAGGAGCUGGUGUAUGAAACAGUGAUAAAGUGGAUUAAGAAGGACGCUGCAAUCAGAGCUCAGUACGCCGCGGAGCUGCUGGCGGUGGUGCGUCUCCCCUUCAUCCAUCCCAGCUAUCUGCUCAACGUUGUUGACAAUGAGGAGCUGAUAAAGUCUUCAGAGGCCUGCCGGGAUCUGGUGAACGAAGCCAAGCGUUAUCACAUGCUGCCGCACGCCCGGCAAGAGAUGCAGACGCCGAGGACCCGGCCCAGACUCUCUGCAGGUGUAGCUGAGGUGAUAGUCUUAGUUGGGGGCCGCCAGAUGAUCGGCAUGAACCAGCGAGCUUUAACAGCGGUCACCUGCUUAAAUCCUCAAAACAACAAGUGGUACCCUUUGGCCAGCCUGCCCUUCUACGAUCGGGAGUUCUUCAGCGUGGUCAGCGCUGGAGACAACAUUUAUCUCUCAGGCGGCAUGGAGUCGGGUGUCACACUCGCUGACGUCUGGUGUUACAUGUCCUUGCUCGAUAACUGGAACCUCGUGUCCCGAAUGACAGUCCCCAGGUGUCGGCAUAACAGUCUGGUGUACGACGGGAAGAUUUAUACCAUCGGAGGGGUCGGCGUGGCAGGCAACGUUGACCAUGUGGAAAGGUACGAUACCAUCACCAACCAGUGGGAGACCAUCGCUCCUCUGCCCAAAGCUGUGCACUCAGCUGCUGCUACUGUCUGUGGUGGGAAGAUCUAUGUCUUUGGUGGGGUGAACGAAGCCGGCCGAGCUGCGGGGGUCUUGCAGUCCUACAUCCCUCAGACUAACUCAUGGAGUUUUAUAGAGUCUCCAAUGAUCGAUAACAAAUAUGCUCCUGCAGUCACUCUCAAUGGGUUCAUCUUUAUUCUUGGAGGAGCUUAUGCACGAGCAACCACCAUCUAUGACCCAGAGAAAGGCAAUAUUAAAGCAGGUCCCAACAUGAACCACUCCAGGCAGUUCUGCAGUGCGGUGGUUCUUGAUGGAAAGAUAUAUGCCACAGGAGGGAUCGUUAGCAGCGAGGGACCUGCCCUGGGCAACAUGGAAGCCUACGAUCCUAAAACAAACACCUGGACACUUCUCCCCAACAUGCCAUGCCCUGUUUUUCGACACGGCUGCGUAGUUAUCAAGAAGUACAUUCAGAGCGGCUGACAGGGCGAGGAGUUGGACAGAGAACUGCUUGUACCUGUGGAAAGCAGGCAAAGAGGAUACUACUACUCAUCACAAAAGCAGCGAAGCCAGCCAGCGAACAUAUUGCUCUAAAGUCUUGAAUAGUGUCUACAUUGAAUGUAGAAAAAUCAUCCUCACCUUUUGGUGAACAAGGAGCAGAGAGCUCCGUGCUAUGUAAGAUAUUGUAACUUAAGAAUACAAGUGUGUCACUAGAUGUUAUAGUGGCACUUGUUCUGGACGUCGGCUUUUGGUCAACCCAGGUGCAAUAGAAUUUCACAUAUUUUUUAAGCUGGGGAAGAGAGGAAAAAAAAUAAUCUGCAUUUUACUUCUAAAGCUCAAGCUUGAUUCUUAAAAUAACCGUGCAGAUUAGUUUUACUAUUACACUUUAGGCAUCAAUCUAUUUGAAAGGUCAAAGUGUCCUUACCACUUUGAUUCCUACAUUUGUUUUUAACAAAUACAUGCUUUUCAAUACCAAUGACUGAGAGGAAUCUUGUGUGAGAAAUGGCUUACGUUGAUGUCAGUCUUCCAUCAGGUGAAAUGUGAAGUUCUCUAGAGCAGAGCCCAGGAGAGGGACAAGGCAGGGGCUGGGGAGAAGAGCCAUUGGUAACACAAUUCCAUGUAAUAUGGUGAAAAAAGGUCUGUUGGGCUGUGCGGAUUUCUGCUCCCGUGGAUGCUUGUGUGGGCACACACAUGGCUGGGGCUCGCGGUGUUUUCCUCCCAGUUCUGCUGCUGAGCAAAUGGGACAGUGCCCGGUAAUGCAACAUGAAAAUGGUUUGGAAUCCAGAGGCGUUCUCCGGAUUGAACUGCACUCAGUUCUGUGGAUUGGGAUCGCAGUGACACCCACCCAGCGUAGCGUGGGAUUUCCACAUUUCCAACAAGCAGAGGAGGAUUUGCCUCCGGUUGUGGUUACACAUUCAAUUUUGGCUGUCCACCAAAAUUCCUUAACUGUGGGACACCUGCCACUAUCUUUUCCUUCUAUGUAAAGUCUGAGAAGAUUCUUUAAAAAAAAAAAAAAAAAAGUUUCCUUCUAAGUGUGGAAAUCUUACCUUAUACUUAUUUACAGAUUUUAAACACACAAGUUGAAAUCCCAUGGUAGAAAAAUGCAUAGACUUAAGCCCAGUAUAAGAAACUUUAAAUGAUUACUAUGUAGAGUUGUAAGUAUAUGCACAGCACAGGGGUUAUAUUUUUAUAUAUAUUAAAAUAUUGUCUAUCCAGA